UACUCGGCGUCGCUCGCUGUCUCUCGCGCCGCGACAUUGCUCUCCCAUCACACACAGAGCACAUCGCGCAGUGUCUCCGUGGGUGUGCGUAACUGCACUGCGCACACACGUACAGCUUAGUCGUCAAGUCACAGCGUGUUGAGACUUGAGUUGACUGCAUCAGUUCAGCUCAGCUCGUCGUCGUGCGUGCGUGCGUGUGUUUUGUGCAUCACCCGCCCGCCGUUGGGCUGUAAAAAAUGGCAGGUGUAUUAGCUCGUGUUUUAACCCGCGAUGUGCAUCGUUCAGGUGUAGCAUUAUUAUCAUAGCAUCGUCAUCUCUUCAGUUUCGGAGCAACAGCAGUGUUCGCGUGUCAAAGCUGUGCGUGGCGCAACAGCAGCAUCUCCGUAUUGCAAGAGAGCGCUGCAACUUUUUUUUAAGAUAACCGUUACAACAUAAAUCAACAUCAAGCAACUUUUGAAUAAUACUCAAUACAAGUUAUUUGGCAGCUUUGGAUCCACUUGUGAUUGAUGACAUCAGAUAGAGGAGAUUCAAUUAAUUGAAGAAUAUGCUUAUUAUAGUCACACAAUCAUACUUUCAAUCAGUAUAAAAUCAAGGAAAAGCUUUCCAAGAUAAAAAUGUCUCACUGCCCAGUUAAUAAUGGGACAGCGUUUUGCUAGUCUCAGGGAAUUCUUCAGAAUGGACACUGAAAAUCAUUCUCUAGAAGGAUAUCCUGAGUCGAUCCGGCGUUCAUCCCUAGACACGCUGGAUCGAAACAAAGCCGAUAACCUAGAGAACGGAGAGAAUAACGGAAACCUACCUGCCGUAAAUUCUAAUGUGAUUCAAAAUAGGAAUAAGUCAGAAGAUAAUUUAGAAAAUGAACAGUUGAAUCAGGAUUUAGAUAAUCACAAUUCCAGAUUUGAGUCUAUAUAUAGCCAUCCGAUAGAUGGUCAAGAAUCAAAACAAUGCUUUAGUAAUGGAAAUUUUAUUGCUGGUGAACAAGAAACAUUCAAGCCACAAGAAGCUUGCUGUAGUAAUUCUGGAAGUAGCAAUACCAGUAGCAGCUCGGAAGAUAGUCCAGUAAACCCUGUCUUAAGAAGAUCAUCAAAAACGCUACCGUUCGGGAAACGAAAAAGUAAACAGCGCAGCAAAGACCAAAAUCCAGUAUGCAAUCACGUAUUAUCUUCUAAAAAGAAGCGUAGCAACUGGGUCUUGAAGUUCAACUGUGCUAAGAGCAAAGGUUCCAAAAACACAGACAUUCCAGGCCAGGGAAAUACCAGCUCGGAGUGUGUGUGUACCGGAUACAGACGGACUGAAGAGCACCCUAUAGGUGCUGGCAUUGUCUUCAAUAGUAGAUCUCCUCCACAGAGUCCAGUAUUAGGACCAUUGCCUCCUAGUCCUGUCAUUGAUCUCUCGCGUUUUAAUCCGGAAGAAUUUCCAAUGGAGGACUGCGACCAAAGAGCACGAAUCCAGCGAGCACGAGAGAUGGAGGAGGGUGUCGAGCCGCCACCCGGUUAUAGGCCUAACGUUCCUGCGGUUAUACAAGUUCAACCGAACGGCAUAACAGUCGACAGUUUAGCAGCUCUAUUCCAGGCGAAUGCCGGAAUUCACGCGGCCGCCCUUACUGCCCUGUCGCAAAUUGAUUCCUCGUUGAUUCCGAACAUCGAGAGACCCAUACAUACUCAGGUCGACUACGUGCACUGCCUCGUACCGGAUUUGAAAUCCAUCACCGCGUGCUCCUUUUACUGGGGCAAGAUGGAUCGCUACGAGGCUGAACGCCUACUGGAAGGCAAGCAAGAAGGCACCUUCCUGCUGCGCGAUUCGGCCCAGGAGGAGUUUCUCUUUUCCGUGAGCUUCCGAAAAUACGAUCGUUCUCUGCACGCGAGGAUCGAGCAAUGGAACCACAAGUUCAGCUUCGACUCGCACGACCCAGGCGUUUAUGCUUCCAAAACGGUAUGCGGCUUGAUCGAGCACUACAAGGACCCGUCCUGCUGCAUGUUCUUCGAGCCGAUGCUGACGAUUCCGUUGCAUCGCAACUUCGCGUUUCCGUUGCAGCACCUCUGCCGUGCUGUUAUCACCACCCACACAACCUAUGAUGGUAUCAACAAGCUUCAAUUGCCAAAGACCCUCAAGACCUACCUGAAGGAAUACCAUUAUAAGCAGCGCGUACGCAUCAGGCGGCUCGAUACCGAGAGCGAUUUGCAGACUGACGGGAAAUCCAUAUCAUAUGUGCCCUUGAUGUGAACAACUUUUUUAAUCAUCACGUGUAUAACGCUGUAACGAUCACACACGGAACCAUACGUAUACAUACAUACAUACAUACAUACAUGCAGACACACAUUCUUACGAAUGAUGUUACGGUACCAGUGGUUUAGAGUUUUUGAAAAACUCGAUAUAAUUUAUACUUGGUUUUUAAAGACUCUGUUUCAAUAACGUUGAACUGACCUCCUGGGAUAAGAGCAUGAAAAUAUCCCUAGAGUGAUUCAUUUUUACUUCGCUCUUGUUCAAAUUCGGAGCACUCGAGCAAGUAAAUAACUCUGAGAGCGAUAGUCGUGUCUCAGUUCUUUUAUUAAGCGAUGAGUAACGCUCCGAGAAAAGUGACUCCGCAAAACCGAAUGAAAUAUUCUCGAAAAAUUGUCUAGUAUGUUUUUAUGAUCGUUGUUGAAAAUUAAUUGUGAUAAUUUUGCCACGCUGAUAGAUUCGAUCCUUCAUACAGUAGCAGAGUUGAAAAAAAUGCUUUUACAAAGCGUAUCCUUACAGAGAUUCAAGUGAUGAAAUAUUUGGAAGUAUUCAAAAGUAUUUAGUCCUUGACAGUAUGCUCUGAACCACUGAUGAAUACAUAUACGAACAUGUGCGCAUUACUCUUCCCUCAUAUACUUAUACACUCUCUCACUUUGCGAAGCAUUAUACUAUUUAGCUACGUGCAUUUGGGCGUGUACGUCUGCAGUGCAUUUGAAGCAUUGAGUGCAGAGUUCCUUUUAAUGUCCGUUUUAUCGCUUGUUGAAAGCAGUUAUUCAAACAUCAGCGUUUCAAAUUCUGUGCAUUUCUUUUUUUUAAUCGUACAUCACAUGCGUAGUGCCUAUUAAUUUUAAAAAUGAAACAUGUUUUAUACAUAACGAUAUGUAAACCGAUGUAUUUAGCUGUUUUUUGAUAUUUUCAAAUAAGUAGGCAGCAGUUAUUCAGGAUCGAUGUGAAAUUAUGUCCGAGCAUAAGUGGUUUCUGCACUUGAAGUUUUAUUUGUGAAUGGAGCUUUCAUUCGGCCAGCAACUUUCUUCUUUGACAUAGAUACCCACGUUUACUCUAAAACGUAUGUCUAGCAUCUUAAAAUUUUACGUUGAAACAAUUGGAAAUUCAGUAACAAAAUUCUAUUGUUUUUUUUUAAACGAUAGGAAAAGUUGAAAGAAUUAAAAAACGUUAUUGGUAAAUCGAAUUCAAAAUUUGUUCUUACUAGUAAACAAACUGUAUCUAUUUCAAUUGAAGCUUAAGCUGGCUUGAUGAUUGACGUAACCAUGCAGAUUUAUUUUACCUGAAUCUUAACAAUUUACACAUGCAAUAUAUCAAGAUACAUUAUUACAAUAGGAAGACUUGUAAGUGCUUAAUAAUGGAAACUAGUAAGAGUAUUGAACGUCAGGUUCUAUCUUAAUUUUAACAGGACAGUACAGGGAUGCACGAACUGGUGAAUAAUUUUGAGUUUUAUCUUUUAUUCAUUCUGUAAAUUAUGUUCGAAAUUUGUUUGUGAGAACGUGAUUUCUAAUCACGUAUCAUCUCGCAUUUGCAUAGUUAACACGCCAGUGAGUGCACAUUUUUUUAUUGCUAUUUGCAACAUUAAUAAGAUGACAAUGAGACAAGUUAGCAAUCAAGUAAAGAAAUUUUUUUAUCAAUACACGAUUUUAUUCUUAACCGCAAAUCAAAUCACUUGAUUCUCUACGAAAUUAUACGAAUUCUAAAAUUUAACGGAAGCGUUUAGAACUGCUAAAAAGCUAUUAUGUAAUUGGAUAAUACUUGAUUGUUAAUAUGUCAGAUUUUUCAAGUUUACAUAUUCAAGUUUUAAUUAGCUCUCUGUAAAGUUUACAAGUUUUAUCGACUCAGCUCUUUAAAUAUUUUAUUUUGUAUUGUUUGAUAAGCAAAUUUUCCGUCUUCGGCAAUUUUAAAGGAAAAACCGUUUAUUUUGCGAACGCUCGUUGUACACGGAAUAAUACUGAUAUAUGAUAAAAAGAAAUUCCUAAAAUUCGGAGGAAUUUAAAUAUUACGGCUACCUCGAAAGACUAUUAAACUAUUUGAUGUUAUGUGAGAAUGUUAUUUUGUGACGUCGAGAAAAUUGGAGCGAUCGAUAUCGAAAUGUGAUAGUGUCUAGCUUUGAAGGUUUAAUGUACCAUAUGAAGAAAAAAGGUGUUGUUUUCAGUGUGCGUAAAGGAAGAACGCGAAAAGCUACGAAUAUUAUGAGAAAAAAAAUUGUAAAAAGACAAAUAAUAAGACUGUAAAUUUUUUCUCAAUUGUAUAGUGAAUUCUCAAAAGGAUGUAGUAUUGGAUGCAAAUGCGAGGGUGGGUGAAAAAUAAUGUCAAAAGACAUAUCAUAUAUCAAUCUUUUCAUAUCUUCCAAAAUGAACGGUUCUUUCCGAAUGAAGCUGACGAUGGAUUGCCGUAGAGACGCAAAAUCGGUCAAUCACAGUUUUAUUAAAAAUAAUGCACAUGUAAAGUUAUUAAGUAUUACUUUUUAAACUUUUCAUUAAACAUAAACAUAUAUAUAUAUAUAUAUAUAUAUAUAUAUAUAUAUUAUAUAUAUAUCUUACGACUAUUAUAAGGAAUUCGAAAACGCAUUCGUUAUCCAUAACAAGUCCCAUUUCGCUAGUCACGCGACAACUGUUCGAUUUUGUAACUUUCUUGGGCGACUUCUUAUCGAUAAAAAAUGUGAUGCUACUCACAUAUAUUUAUUUUUUACUCGCGAUGCACGAGUAAAAUAGCAAUACUUAGCGAAUAGCCGAAUAAAUUAGAAUCAGUUUUUAGCACACAGGAUUAUAACCGACGAUUGAUCAAAGCGAAACUUCGAUACAUACGCGAGAGAAAGAGAGUGACACAUACCUCCUCAUUAAACAAAAAGAAAACGAUUCAUUAGUGUUGUUCAACAAAUGUGGUUCAUGAUUACGCAAUUCCUAUCGUGCCUACUUUUAUUAUGGAUGAUCAUAGCGCAUGAAUGACUCGUGGUUCCUCAAGUUAUCACGAGACUAAUAGAAAAAUGAGAAAAUAUUGGGCUAUUCGGAAGAUUUUGUCGUUUUAUUAAUGACUUUUUUUUUUGAAUAAUUACAGCCACUUGAUCUAGGUAUUGAUGUAUUUAUCAAUAUCUCAACUAAUCAAAGUGUCGAUUAUAGACUUUAAUUCAUAGACUAUUGCAGUAAAUCACAUACAACCGAAAAAUGUUUCAUUGAAAAACUGCAAAAUUUUAUCAAUAGCCCGGUCAAAAAAGACUCCCCAACAAUCGGAUCAACUGUAUACCCUGUAAAUGUCGAUUCUGUAAAUAUAUUAUACAAAAAAAAUACGCCGAAUUCAUUUUGAGAAUAUCGAUGAAUCAAGAUUAGUAAAUGAGCGAGUCUUAAGUUGUGCGAGAGGAUUUAGGUACUCGAGUAGCAAUUUAUCAAGUAUUAGUAUUAAAACAACUUGAUUAAGGCUGGGAGUUUAUAUAUCGUUGAUAACUAAAUGUUUUUUACAGUCAGUUUUUGCAAAUUGCACAUUUUUCUCGAUCAUAUUGGCAUCUCUUUGUGUUUUUACGUUGUCUACAAGAGCUUUAUAGACUUGUUACUUCGUACGAAAAAAAAAACGUUCAAGUUUGACGUCAGUGCCUUGUUCGUAAAAUUUAGCGAAUAACAUCUUUAAAAAAGUUUAAAACUGAUGAGUUAUCAGCCAAGCUUUAAAUUGUACACAAGUUAAAUUUAUUCUUACAGUGCUGAACGAAAUUAUAAGAGUAGUUUAGACCUUAGAUAUGUAUUAGUAUAAUAAUUAUACGAUUUUAUUAAGGUAUGAUUAUAUUUUAAUAGUUUUUUUUAAGUGUAAAAUUUAAUUUAUUAUGAUAUGAUACUUUUCUAAAUGCGAUUCAGCACUAAUUUUCUUGAGCAUUUUGAAAACAAGUGCAUUUUUAUAUAUAUAUAUUUCGUAAACUUAAAUGAUCGCUUGCAUUUUUAAACUGACUGUAUAUAAUGUUUUUGUUCGAUCAACGACGAAAAAAUUCUUCCACUGUAGUACUCCUUAAAAAUAAAUAAAUAAAAUGGAUGGAAACAGGUGUGAAGGAAAGAGCUCAAAUUUUUAGAACUUGAUAGACAAGAACAUCACGCGAAACAAUUACGAUUAUUUUUCAAGAUUUUUACUGGUAAAGUAUUCCUUAUCUGGCCAAACUUAUAGUGCAAUGAACUUGUGAAUAUGCUUUUCUUUAUUUAUUUAAUAAAAAAAAAAUGUUUCGGUGCCGAAUCGAUAUUAUUGGUACUAAUACUUUUGCGAAAAUGUAAAACAUGAUUGGCUGGAUAAUUGAAAGCAAGUAUCGUACAGAAUCUUAGCUCAUUAUUCCGUUUGCGAAAAUUAGUUUUAAGCGAAAAAUAAUAUGAGAAAAAACUGAUCAGCUGAUUGGUUUUUUUUUAAUCGAAAAUCAGCCAACGAAAUGAAAAUUGGCGACUAAAUUAAAUAAAGUUGAGGAUGUAUAUUAGGACGAUUAAAAUUGUUAUUAAUAUCAGUUGAUGGUUAAUCGUUUAAUAUAAACGCAUAACAUGAACGAAGAUUAAAUAUUUAUUCUUAACAUAUUCUAAUUUUAGUAAUAUAUUUAACUGUUGGGCAUGUGUGGGAAUAAGAAAAAGUUUGAGAAUAAAAAAAAACUUUUGAAUUGUAAGAAAAUACACUGUAUGUGGAAGUGAUUAGAAGUACUAGCGAUUACUUUAAUCAAGGACUGAUGUGGUAAGAAGGUAUUAUUAUUGUGAGUAAAUAUAAUCAGACAUAAUCUGUA